AUGAGCUGGGCUGCAGUGGCCAAGACGGAGGCCGUCAAGGCGCCCCCCACCCUUGCCGGCGGCUCGCACACGCGGGUGUCGGUCAUAGACGCCAACGCGCUCAUUACGCAGCACGGCCUGCUGAGCCUGGCGCUGGCCGACAAGGUAGUGACCACGCCCGAGGUGCUGCGCGAGGUGCGGGACGCGCAGUCUCGCGCGACGCUGGCGGCGCUGCCCUUCGCUAUUGAGACGCAGGAGUCGGCAGACGAGUCUAUCAGAGCAGGCAAGUUUGCGCGGGCCACCGGCGACAUCCAUGCCCUCUCCACCGCCGACAUUCGCCUGAUCGCGCUGGCGCAUGGGCUGGAGGUCGCGGCGCAUGGCAGUGGUCAUCUGCAUGAUCUGCCCGAGCUGCCAAAGGUGCAGAAGAAGAAGGUGCACGAUGCCAAGCAGCUGCCUGGAUGGGGCGUAGAGGGUGGUGAGUGGGCGGAGAUUGACCGGCUGAAUGAGGAGGAGCUCGCGGCAGCAGAGGCAGCGCUGAUGCAGGGUGGCGGCGAUGCCGGAGCCAGCCAUAUCUGCACCGCAGUGCAGCAGCUCAGCCUGGAUGAUGCUGAGGUGACGGCGGCGGCAGUGAAUGCUGGUGAUAGCAACGGCGAGGCGCCUUCUGGGGAGAGCGAGGAGGAUGAGCAGGAAGGGGAGUGGGAGACGGCAGCCAAGUCGGCCAGCUCCAAGCGGCGGGAGCGGCGCCGGGUGGUGCGGAAGGCGGCGUGGCAUGCACGGCAGCAGGCGGCUGCGGAUGCAGCGGCUGCAGAAGAGGGAGAGCAGAGCGAGGGCGAGGAGGAGGAGGGCGAAGAGGAGGAUGCCUGUUCUCUGGCCAGCGAUGAUGACGCCACCACGGCCACAGCAGCUCCUGCAGCCGACGAGGCGCGGCACCAACAGAGCGGCCAGCCGGGGCAGCGGGACGGUGAUGGCAGCCAGCAGCAGCGACCGUUUGACAGCAACAUUUCCAUCAUCACCGCCGACUUCGCCAUGCAGAACGUCAUUAUGCAGAUGGGGCUGCGCCUGGUGACGCCCGAUGGCCGGCGCAUCACACGGCUGAGCCGCUGGCUGGUGGUUGGACCCGAUGGCUCAGAGCAGUACGGUGUUCGGCGCAAGCACAUCUUGCGUGGCACGCGCUUCUCGCUGCCAAAACCCAAGGGCGGUCGCCACCACGACCUCAUCCUGCGGGAGGACCAGCUGCUGGCCAAGGCGCACCGGCUGCGGGCCAAGAAGAAGGAGAAAGAGGAGCUGGACCCCUUUGCCCCCGAGUAUGGCGAGGACACGUGGCACAAGGCAGCCGGCAUGCACCACGGCAGCAAGGGGGCCGCAGCGCUGCUGGCGGGCUGGAAGAACAACCCAAACGAACGCAAGCACAUUGCCACCAACCGGCGGCGCAAGUGA